AAUACCUGGCAAACCUUUCCAAUUUGUGUUGGAUGUCAUCCAAUGAAAUCCAUAAAAACUGGCCAGGUAGCAGCUGCUCUGCUAAAGCAAGACCUUUUUGCCUGGUAGCAAUAACAGCCCUUGCAGCAUUUUGGUAUUAGAUUCUCUAUGUGUUGUUGACUGUCAGGCCCAAGAGCACUGGACUGCAGCACGGUGUAGCUGAUAACUGUCACCCUUUUAGUGUGUGCUGCUGACUUGAAGCAUGGUUGUGUCUGUCAGGUUGGGCAUGGAGUGAGCUCAGGUGUUUGCGAGAUAAAUGGCUCAUUUAAAUUGGGAGCUACUAAAAUACUCUCUGGCUGGCAAAUGCAGUGCCUAGCAGCAGUCAUCAAGGACGAACCAAACAUGAGUGGUGGAGGGGAACAGGUCGACAUUCUUCCGGCCAAUUACGUGGUCAAAGAUCGUUGGAAAGUGUUGAAGAAGAUUGGUGGUGGUGGCUUUGGGGAGAUCUAUGAGGCGAUGGAUUUGCUGACCCGUGAGAACGUGGCCUUGAAGGUAGAAUCAGCCCAGCAGCCCAAGCAAGUUCUCAAGAUGGAAGUGGCUGUCCUGAAAAAGCUGCAAGGGAAGGAUCAUGUUUGCAGAUUUAUUGGCUGUGGAAGAAACGAAAAAUUCAAUUAUGUGGUUAUGCAGCUUCAGGGCCGAAAUCUUGCAGAUCUCAGAAGGAGUCAGCCUCGAGGGACUUUCACGCUGAGCACAACGCUUCGAUUAGGCAAACAGAUUCUAGAAUCAAUAGAAGCCAUUCACUCUGUGGGAUUCCUGCAUCGUGACAUCAAGCCUUCAAAUUUUGCCAUGGGCCGCUUACCUUCAACAUACAGAAAGUGCUACAUGUUAGACUUUGGUCUGGCCCGUCAGUAUACCAACACCACUGGGGAAGUCCGGCCACCCCGCAAUGUUGCUGGUUUUCGAGGAACGGUCCGCUAUGCCUCUGUGAAUGCACACAAAAACCGAGAGAUGGGUAGACAUGAUGACCUGUGGUCCCUCUUUUACAUGUUGGUGGAGUUUGCGGUUGGUCAGCUUCCAUGGCGAAAGAUCAAAGAUAAGGAGCAAGUUGGCAUGAUAAAAGAAAAGUAUGAACACCGAAUGCUGCUAAAACACAUGCCUUCAGAGUUCCACCUUUUUCUGGAUCACAUUGCAAGCCUAGACUACUUCACCAAGCCAGACUAUCAGCUAAUCAUGUCCGUUUUUGAGAACAGCAUGAAAGAAAGAGGCAUCACUGAAAAUGAAGCCUUUGACUGGGAGAAAGCUGGUACAGAUAUUUUGUUGUCCACUAGCACCUCAACUCCACCACAGCAAAACACCAGGCAAACAGCAGCCAUGUUUGGGGUGGUUAAUGUCACUCCAGUACCUGGGGACUUGCUUCGUGAGAACACUGAGGAUGUCCUACAGGGUGAACAUCUGAGUGAUCAAGAGAAUGCUCCUCCCAUCCUGUCAGGCCGGCCAGUGGAAGGUCUUGGUCAGACUCCAAACACCGCUUUCAAUGAGGGUGAAGUUUGGGAAGAGACAGAUGUGAAUCGCAACAAACUCAGGAUCAGCAUCAGCAAAACUCAGUGCAUGGUGGAAGAGGAGCAGAGAAACGGUGUCUGCCCCAGUUCCCCUGUCCGAGUGCCUCCGGAGUCCCCCACCGCACAAGUACGCUCCCUCAGAUACCGCCGUGUGAACAGCCCAGAGUCAGAACGCCUCUCCACUGCUGAUGGCAAAGGGGAUCCACAUGAAAGAAGAUCUCGAAUGGAUAUACCUGGCUCUCCAUCACGGCUUGUAUGCUCCUCCCAGCCAGCCCAGAUGCUGUCCAUUGAUACUGGCCAGGCUGACCGGCAGGCAAGUGGUAGGAUGGAUGUGUCUGCUUCAGUGGAACAUGAAGCCCUCAGCAAUGCUUUCCGCUCAGUACCACUUGCAGAAGAGGAGGACUUUGAUAGCAAGGAGUGGGUUAUCAUUGAUAAGGAGACAGAACUGAAGGACUUUCACCCAGGUGCUGAGCCAAGCACCUCUGGAACCACGGAUGAGGAGCCCGAGGAACUAAGGCCUAUUGAAGAUGGUGAAGAGAGAAGGCGCUUGGGGGCAGAUGCUGCAGUCAGGCCGAAGACGCAUGAUGGGCGAAGUCGGGGUAUGCAGCCUGUGACUGAGGAGGACAGUUCCCACAGACAUGAAGGACCUUCUCAAACAGUAUCUGACAGUAGACAUGAACAGCAGACAGGAAGUCCAGCCCACUCCCCCUUACAUUCAGCACCAGCUCUCCGACAAAGGAGACGAGAAUCUGAACCUACUGGUCCUCAGAGACAGGCAUAUAUGCUGAAGUCAUUUGAAAUGAAUGGCCUGCCCAAGGUAGUCCCUUUAAGUUUGCCUUAUCAAGACUUCAGAAAAGACAUGUCAGACUACUGGGAAAAGCCUAAAGUAUCCCAGCGGAUAAAGAAAGUUGAUUUUUCAAAUAUUGUCUUGACUGCUCCUUGCAAACCUCUGGAACCUUAUCUGGAAAUGAAUGGAAAAGAGGAGGAGGAAGAAGAUGAGGAAGACUAUGAGGAGGAGGAAGAUGAGGAGGAUGAAGGGGAGGAGGGAAGCAAUGAGAUUGACAUGCACAGUGGUUCCAGCAGCGACCUGAGUCAAAAAAGCACAGAGCGCAGCCAGGAGUGUGCACCAUCCACGCUCCUGGCUGAUGACCAGAAGGGAUCGAAGGGUCGAGCAUCCACUGCUGACGGGGACGUGGAGCUGGAGGAAGGCUCAAAAACACUAGUGCUGUUUUCACCAGGUGAUCUGAAAAAGUCUCCUGUGGCUACAGACUUAGCUCCAGAAGUUGAUCUGGGCACUCUUGCUGCACUGACACCUCAGAGCGAGCGGCCUCAGCCUAUGGGUAGCCAACUGGAUGUAUCUGAGCCAGGGACCCUGUCCUCAGUCCUUAAAUCUGAACCAAAGCCUCCCGUGGCAGUGGCUACAGCUUCCUCCCCCUUUACCAAAGUUGAGCGCACAUUUGUUCAUAUUGCUGAAAAGACCCACUUAAAUGUCAUGUCUUCCAGCAGCCAGCUGAUGCGGCAUGAGGAGUACUGCCCUCCGGGACAGUUUGAGGAAGUAAUUAUUGAAGAAGAGCUGGAGGACAACCUGGUGCUGGUAGAGAAUGGAAGCAUACAUUCGGGGCUAGAAGGGGUGGAGACUGAGAGCUGCGCACUUUCAGCUAAUCACAUUGAAACCACCUCAGAGACAGUGGGGGAGCAGCUGGCCCUUCCCAACGGCAUAGCAAAGCCUCCUGAGGACAAGCAGAAGCUCUCCAGCAAAGCGGUGCUCUCGCUGGAUUUGGAAGAGCCUGGCAAGGUGGUUACAAGGGAGACUGGCCUUGAGAAGUGGGUUGAGAAGCCAGCAUCAGUAGCAGGACACCUUAAGCGAGAAGAGACCCUCCUUGACACACCACAGCAGGGCCCCAGGAGGCUGCUGGGCUCCAGGUAUAGAAGUCGGAUACCCAUUUUGUUCUCUGAGGAGGACACCGGCUCAGAUCUUUCAACUUCACUCUCAGCCAAAGAACGGCUUUAUAAGAGGGCAAAGCAACCUGACUUGGCUCGCCUGGUGAUGGAGAAGAGACAGAACCGCCUCAUCCGGCUGGCCUCUGGGGCUUCCUCCUCAGCCUCCUCCAGCGACGAGAGACAGCGAGCCUCAGAAACCCUGUCAGCCACUGGUUCUGAGGAGGACACCCAUGACUCUGAUGAUUCUAUCCCAAGGAAGGGAGGGAAGAAGGCUGCACUCCUGGGGAAAGAAGAGAGACCCAUAAGCACAAAGAGUAGAAUUCCUCGUCCUGUCACACCAGUGAAAACACCACUGGAGGCAGCAAGGUCAGAGAUCUCCGUGGCUGUUGCAAUUGCAGGGCUGUGCAACUCCCCGCAGGAUGCAGCUGCUGUCUGCAGGCUUCAGACACAGAAAUCAGCUGGAGGUGUCCCAAAUGAAUGCCGAAUAACGCAGAUACAAAGCCGGCUUCCUUCUUCACCGAGUUCUACUUCUCUUCCUCCACGGAGCAGCUCACGGAGGUCCAGUGGUGCAUCCCCUCGGAGCCCUGUCCUUCCUUCAAGGAACCCCAGUACAUCCCCCAAAAGCCAGCUGCCACCUCGGAGGGAAAGUCCUUCUCCCUGCCGACAGCGUAAGCCAGGGACUGCUCCUCAGCGAGUUCCUCCUUCCCCCCGACCUCAGCCCUCAGCUCAGGCUCAGGGGCCAACAGGAGAUUCCCUGCCAUCUCCUAGCAUGGCCAAAAAACGACAAAGAGGAAAAACCCAGACUCAGAGUCCAGCAACCAAAGGAAAGCAGAUGUCCCUGGAAAGUAAGGCAGCUGCCAGAUAAUGAUCUUCUUCUGCGAGCCCAACACACUGGGUAACUUCUGAAUAUAGUAUACACUUGAGAUGCUGCAGCACAGCCUUCCAUGCUGGACCCACGAGUGUAUAGCAGUAGCUGUACUUCAAUGCUUCACUCACACUCUCACCCCACACUGCAAUCAGCUCCCAUGGGCCUGACAGCCUCUGAGCCACGGAGCCUUCUUCAAGGGAGACAUCCAGCCCGCAGCUCACGCUUGCUAGCGCACAGCACCAAACAGUGACCCCAGGCAGCCUGCCCAGUGCCUGGCCCUCCUCCCUCGCCAGGGAUUCCCCUCUCUCUGUUAGCAAUACCAGUCUCCAACACCACCCCCAGCUGUGGAAAGAGGAGCAGAGGAGAAGAGAGCAAGGCCUGCUAAAGAGGAAGGCUCCUGUCCUUCAGGCAGCUCCCUCCUUUCUCCUUGCUGGGAAAACACCAGCCUUGGGCGCUGCCAUCUACCUGAAUGUUGGCUCACCUCCUGCCAUCUCUGUUAGCAGGGGAUUGUCUCCAGCUUAGCCAAGAGGGAGGGAUGUGUCCUUGUGUGCUGAGAGAAGAGAAGCAGCAAGGUGGAGGGGUCUCUUCUUUCCAGAGAUCCCUCUACAGGUGGGCAUUGGGAGACAGGCAGUUCUUGCUAGAUGCUCCUACCUGCUCCAAUAUGUCCCACAGAGGAUGCCAUCUGGCAUUGCUGCUCAGUUGACACUGCUGCUGUUUCAGCAGACACCUGUGUGGUGGGUACUCAGGUGGAAGUAGGGAUGCAGCUUGCUGGGAAAUCAAGAGGUCUUGCUAAUUAAUGUAGAAGGGAGCACACUGCAGCCACUUCUGUCUCAAACACCAGACUGUGAUCUGUGGACACUGCAUCUCCCAACAAGGGUGGUCCCUCUGGCCCUGAGUGUGGUUGGUGCCACAGACCUGUAGUCCACCAAACACAGCUCCAUCGUGAAGAUGUGAAUAGUCACUGGAUGCCUUUAGCUUUGGUGCCCCUUGCACCUAAAUUUCUUGUGUUUUAUUGUCACGCUCUUGGUGUUUGUGAAUUUUGGCACUGUGGUUGAAAGUUCCCCUACGUGGCAGGGUGGGAAAUUAUUAUCCUGUAGUAUACCCAAAAGAUGCUGCUUUGCAAGGAGAGGUUUGCUGGCACGCUGUGGAUACCCUGUGCAUUUCUAUCCAAGAGUAUAGUGGGUUGAGUGGCAGAGGUCAGGUUUCUGUCUUUUUCUUGGUGCUCAACUCUGCCACAUGUUGCGUCAGCACUAACAGUGUGAACAUAAAAGUAAGGACUGUGCUCUUCAAGUAGUAUUAUCAGAGCAGAAGCUUAGCACUCAGCUAGAACUAAAUCAUUCAACUUUUUAGCCCCCAGACUAAUUAGGAAGGCUUGAAAAUAAAAGUGAGGAGGACCUGGCCGCAUUUGAAGAGAUCUUGAAGUAGACGAAAUUUUCCCCGCACCUCACAGGAGAAAAUAGUCCAGAUCCAAAUAGUUUGGGCUUCACACCAUUGUCAUGCCUAAAAGAGGCUCUGCAUGAGGCAGAACAAAAACAAAGUUGCUCUGUACACCUAUUCUUGCAGCUGCAACUACCUGCAAAUAUUUUCUAUUUGCAGACAACAAAGCCUGAUGAAAGGAGUCUGGACAGUAAUAACCUUGAUUCAUUUGGACAUGAAUACAAGCAGUCACACUGAUGGCUAUUGAGUCCAAGAAAUCCUGAAGUUGUUCAUAUCUACAGGAUAUUCCAGGAACUGUCCUGGAAAGGAGCAUGAGAACUGUGACAGGGUGGCUGGGAGAAAAGGGUGCUCCUUGGACACCCAAACAGGGAAAUGUCUAGAAACAGGACACAGGAGUUACCUCUUUAUAUGGCAGUUGCCAAUGCUAAGAAUUUAUUUCACCUAGUUCAAAAUGUUUUCCAAUGACAUGGUUCAUCCUGGUUGGGUAAACAGCAGAGCUUCCACUCUAGAAACACAUGCAGAGCAGCAUUGGCAACUCAGAGGGAACUCAGGCUGUGGUUUGAUGGACUGUGCAGAUGUUGCCACCAAAAGCAACAUUCCUCCAAAUUCCAGCUGCCUCAUUGCACUUCUACCACCUCACAAUGGAGCAGUUAUUUGUUAAAGUGUCUGGAAAUGCUUAUCCAGCAUGAAAACAACAGCUCUGGUUUUCUGGUUUGGUUUUCAUCUGGUUCAGUUCAUCAGUCAGGCUCACCAUUUGGUCACACAAUAGAAGAAGGAGAGGACAGAGAGUGUGACCACUUCUAGUGGCACUGUAAUGUCAUAUGAGUUUGAAGUGUGGGUCAGAACAGAACCUAAAUAUGUCCUGCAGGUUUAGAAACUAGAAAACAGAAUAAACACAAACACAGAUUCUUCUGAGAAACAUAAAUCAUAAUGGGACUCCUAUUAAUUUAUCGGAGGGCUAUUAAUUUUAGUGUGUUCAGAUGGUAAGACUUUGUCGUGAAGCCUUUACCAGAUCUCCAUCCAGGUCUUAGAUGCACCUGCCAAAAAUGACACUGAAAGAGCUUGGAAAGAGGACUACAGGACUAUUGACAGGGUUAGCAAACCUGCCUCAUCAUGGGAAGCCAAUAAAGCACAAUCAAAGUAUUUGUUCAAGAGAAAGUUUAAAGGAGAGUUUUUGGCGGCACACCUAUACCCGUGUCAGGGAGGAAGCUUCAGGGCAGAGACAAGGUCAGGUUGGACAGGGACCUGAGUAGCCUGCUCUUUUGGAAGGUGUCCCUGCCCAUUGGGAGUGGGGCUGGAACCAGAUGAUUUUACAGUCUUUUCCAACCCAAACCAUUCUAGGGUUCUAUGAUCUUCCAUCUGGCACAUGAAGGAGGGAGUAGCUGAGAACAGCAGAGGAAGAAAUUGGGCAAGCUUUUAGUUGUGAGCAAUCCUCCAGUGAAACUCCUACAGAAAUGUGGGGACUUUUUCUUACUAAAAGGUUUCUAAGAAACCGAGCUUUAUUCUAAGGGGUCUUUCUACCAUGACCCAGCCACAAGUAGCAGGCAAGAUGCUGAUGACACCAAGGUAGCAUCUCCUUGUGGUGCAGUAGAUUCCUGGUCCCACCAGGACUUGUGCCAAAGCUGUCAUAGGCUGGAGAGGCAUGAGACAAGUCCCACAGUUUUCAAAAAGCCAGAGAAAGAUCAGCAGCACAAAAAAUAACAGCCAUUCCCAGCACUGUUUGACAGGGCUGGGCUGAGGGUGCAGCUGAACCCACAGAGAUCUGGGACUAGCAUUAGUCAUCUCUCCUUGUGGUCAUGCUACCAGACUCCCUGCCCCAGCACCUUCCUGCUUCCCAGCUGUCUCUGACAUGGAGCGGAGCAGGAGAGUGCAUCAAAAGCAUGGUGUCUCCAGGUCAUGUCUUCUGGGGUGGUACCCCAGGGUACUCCCAUCACUGGGGAGCAGCACACCCUGUUUGCAGGAGUUCACAGUCCUCUUGUUUGUCUCUCAAGAGGCAUUUUCUGGCGGGUGGAUCAGCAGGGAUACUCUCUGUUAGUAUUACGGGGAAAACAGUCCUCUAAAAGGGUUAACAACUCCUCUGGCUCCUCUCUUCUUCCACUGCCCUGCAGGAAAGUUGGAAGGGCAGUUGGAGCAAACACAGGAGAUCAUGUUUGGGAACAAGAGGGGAGGAAGCUGUGAUGUUAGGGAGAAGUUAAGUGGUGGAGGAAUGCCAGAUGAUCUAGUCUGGCCUCACAGAACAGGAUGGGCUAUCACAUCCCAGAAAGGUGGGGAGGCAAGAUCCUGCUGUUCUCUGCGAUGAGUCCUGUGCAAACUCUGUCAAGCCUCGAGGACACAUGGGACUGCUCAAAUACUGCUAUUGGUGUGUAGCUGUGUCCUUGCUGCACUGCAGAGGAGAGAAGAUUGAAGAGAAGACAGUGCUGACCAGAGCAGAGGAAAUGUCUAGGAAGAAUAAAAAACCAUGUGUGGGGUCAGGGAAAGAGAAGCAGGUUUCCCAGAACUUUCCCAUGUUUGUGAGAAUUUCUAGAAACAGCCUCAUGCUACAUGGUUCCCAUCAGUGUCUUUGCUUCAGGGUCUGUCCUGGCCAGCUGCAGGUAAUCGUGCCCAUGUGUGUUUUGAGGGAACUCCUGGGACAAGCUACCACUGUGCCUUCAUCUGUGUGUGCAUUGGCAUGGGCAGUGGGAACAGACAGGUCUAGUUCAGGGGAGCUUUAUGGGGUCCCAUAUGUGUUGGGACUGUAAGUGUCUUUGGGACUGCCUGGUGUCAUGCUGAGUCUUCACAUUGCAGGGGUUUUAUCUGCCAGCCGAGAGAAGGUGGCACACUGGUUGGUAAAAAGAGUCAGUGGCUGUUGCCUGGUCAGGAGUUGAUUGCAAAGAAACAGGGAUACAGGGGGGAUGUGCCAAGUGGCAAAUCUGAGUUGUCAGCGCUAAACCAGUGUGACAACAGAUUAUAUGAGCAGAAGAAGAAAAAGGACCAAUGCCACCACUCAGACUAAUACCAUGGAGAGGCUCAAAUACACGGAUGGAUGGAGCUGCUUAACUGAUUUGUCUGGUUGGCAGCAUAAAAACACUUCUGCUUACCUUCGUGCAAAAGGUGUUUUGGUAACAGAUGUCUCUGAGUCAGUUGUGCUUGGAAUCUGUGAGGGGCAGGAGACUUUCUAAAUAAAGAAUAUUAUAAUAUAUAUGUUAUUAUAACAAUAUAAUAUAACUAGUGACCAUUAUAUAUAGUGGCUAAAGGUUAAAAAGGAUCCUGCUAUUUUCAAGGAAGUCUUCUGAUACUGUGACUUCUAAUGUGUGCAGGACUGACUGCUGUGUGCAGUGAAUGUGGGUGGAGGAACAGGCUACCACCCUACCAAAGUGCAUGUGAGCUGUGAGGCUCCACUUGCCUGAGCACGAACUAGGGCCAAAGCACCACAGCUUGGGGGGUUGGCAGCUGUCAUAGUUGCCAUGUGACCUGUAAUAGCUCCUGGAAUGACAUACAUCUCUGUGGGGCAUGGACCAGGAUCUGAAGUGUCACUGCUGCCUUUGACUAACACAAGCAUUGAGAGUUUGGUGGUGAAACAUUUCAAUUGAAUGCAAGUUGUAUCAGGGCAAGAGAAUGUUUCACAUUUCUCCUUUCCAACACAGAGGUGUUUUCUCAGUGUAGAUCCUGCUCCAGUAGCAGCUCAGUGGUCCCUUAGUGCACUUCUUUCUUCUCUGUAUAGUUUACUGACCCGUGGCAUGAUCCCACCACUAUUCUACAUGUAUAGGCACCAAUGCUCACCUAAGGCCUUGCCCUACACAUCAAUCACCUGCAGUUAAAUUAAUCUUGUGAACACAGUAAAAGUCCCAUUGUGGACAUGAUGAGUCUGGUAUCAAAUGAAUUUCUUCUGGCUUAACUGAAACAUGCCAGUGCUUUAUCUGUUUUCCAGCUGCUCUUACAGCUCCACAAGAGGGAGAGAGCUUGGCCUCCUGUUCAGGCCCUUUCCUCUUGGGGUGCCUGCUUGUAACUGGGCUUCUGGGUGGAAGCCUGUGGGCUCACUCUGUGCUGGUUCCCGAGGUCCUCUGCAGAACCCCCAAUAGUUGUUGUGCUCUUUAUUAGCCUGUUGCUGCACUCCAAGGGUCUGGGACCACGCUGACAGUGACAGCAGAGCCAACUGACGUUAAGCCUUCCCUAUGAGCUUUGGCAUUGGUAUCUUUGUGAGGCCAGAGAAUAUCUGUUGUUGCCAGCCUGAUGUGAGCUAUGAUCCGGAGUACAGCCAAAAUCCCAUGAAAUGACAGUGAUUUGUACACCAUCACUCUCCUGUCCCUUCAUUCCUAAUGUAUCUCCUCUAGCAAAUCUUGUCUUCAAAGUCACCAUAUACUCCCUGCAGGUCAGCCCCUCUAUGCUUGGGGGAUUGAAGCCCUCUUGGAUUCUGCAGAGCUUGAGGCAGACUUGGCCACCAACCUAUGCAGCAUGCCCUGCACCAUGCAGGCCAGUGCUCUUGGUCAUAAGGAGGAACAUCCCUUUUAUUUCUGGAGCUGCAAAUGUCUGGAAAGCAGGUUUAAAGUAAAUAUCAAUGCCCUCUGUGCUGAAAGGAGGAAGGGAGCUACCAAAUCCAAAUGGAUUCCUGGUAGGGACCGAGAUAAUAACUGCUCCUGCUCUUAGCUCCUAAACCAGAGGGGCCUGCAGGUGUGAGACCUCUGCUUUGGUGAGGGUACUGCUGGACUGGUAUCAGCGUGGGGCUUCUCAGUUGCUGCUCUGCCUCUGGCCUUGUUCAUAUUGCCCCUGCCUGGAGCUCAGGAAGGUCUGACAUGGGGUCACUGGAAGAGGCAGGGGCUAACAUUUACUCAGCACAUGGGUAGGUGAGGCCAAGGUGCAUGGCAUGGGCUCUGGGACUAUUGCCUGCAGAGGGGGGAUGAGCUCUGCAGGACAUAGAGGUUUAGUGAAGGAGUCCAGGCUCAACCAUGUGUGUGAAAACCAGUGUCAGCGACACUACUGUGCUCUGGGACCUGGGCUGCUUCUUCUCCAGACAGGAAUUGGAGGUGGAAACACAGAUAAUUUUAUAUAUCUCCUUCUAACAUGAUAGCAUGGGAUUCUACACUAGACAUUGUAUCUGGCACAUCGAUAUUUUCCUUCACCUCUGGCACACUCUGGAGACAGGACUUCUGCUCCUUGGUACUGCCUGCCUGGAAAUGUGACUGGGUCCAAAGGCUAAGUCUCUCUACAUAUCUUCUUUGCAUUCUUUAGGAAAGCAGCUGGAGAAUGUUUACACUCUGCAAACAGAAUGUAGGACUCCGACUGAGGAACCACAAUCCGGUUCAACUGCAUGGCAAAUUUCUUGGCCAUAAAAUCUGGCAUGCAUCACAGAGGCCCUGUCUGUGUACAGAUCCACCUGGCAUUUGUCAUAAUUUCAGAUCGCAUCUUAAAGAAAAAUAAAUGAUGAUGCCAUUUCUUGUUCAUACCAGACACAGUUGUCAUUAGAUUUGUUAUUAAAAGGGGAUUCUCGAUCAUGCCAUUAAA